GGUUGCUUUUUCGGUGAAGUUAGUAUGAUAUUGGUCUUGCACCAACUAAAGCACUGGAUUGUGUUGUGCUCCUACAAAGCGAAAGCUAGCUUCACUUCCCUUGGCUGACGGAAGUGUGACACGACUUAGGACCAAAACAAGGUUAUUUGGAGAGCGAUGCUCUAUUGAUUGAUAAGGGGAAGGCUAUGGACGCAUCAGAUGGGAAUGACAGUGUUUCAUCCUCCAAGAAGAGUGGGAAAACCUCGUUGCUGGACAGCGGGGAGGACUUUGAGGUUUUAGACGAAGAAGACAUCGAUGAUGACCUUCCUCCUUUGGAGGAUGCUGGGGGUGCAGAUGGAAAUAAAGCAGAAAAGAAAAAAGAAGAAGAAAAAUCAGAGGCUUCUGAACAAACUGAUGAAUGGCUGGAUGUGUUGGGAAAUGACCAGCUAAAGAAGAAAGUCGUAGAGGCAGGAAAGGGGCGAGACAGCCGGCCUCAGAAGGGACAGAAUGUGGAAAUUAAUCUGAAAACACAAUUAAUGGAUGGGACGCUUGUAGAUGAGCAACAUAAUCUUUCCUUUACUCUCGGGGACGGUGAUGUUAUCCAGGCGCUGGAUUUGACUGUGCAGCUCAUGGAAAUGGGAGAGAAGGCGCUUAUUCACACGGAUGCAAAAUAUGCAUAUGGUGCCAGGGGAAGCCUUGAACCUGAGGUCCCCCCUAACGCUCAGCUGUCUUUGGAAGUGGAGCUGUUGAAAGCUGCUGAUGCACCAGAUGUGGAGCUCAUGCCACCUUCUGAAAGAAUUGCUUUGGCCGUCCGCAAGAGAGAGCGGGGGAAUGUUCACUAUCAGCGCGGGGAUUAUGCGUUCGCCGUCAACUCCUACAGCAUCGCCCUGCAGAUUGCAGAAUCCAGCUCCAAAGUUGACAUUAGCCCCGAGGAGGAGGAGGAGCUGCUGGAUGUUAAAGUAAAGUGUCUGAACAACAUGGCUGCCUCUCAGCUAAAGCUGGACCACUACGAUGCUGCCCUCAAAUCUUGUGUCUCGGCUCUUGAGCACCAGCCAGAUAACAUAAAAGCCCUUUUCCGCAUGGGCAAGGUACUGGCUUUGCAAGGUGAAUACACAGAGGCCAUUCAAACCUUACGGAAAGCACUGAAGCUGGAACCGAGCAACAAGACAAUUCAUGCAGAGCUCUCAAAGCUGGUGAAGAAGCACUCGGAGCAGAGGGGAGCAGAGCAGGCCAUGUACAAGAAGAUGCUAGGAAAUCCUUCUAGUAGUAGCAGUACGCACAAAUCAAGAGCCAAGUCUUCAUGGAGUCUCAGUUGGAAGUGGCUUUUUGGUGCAACUGCUGUAGCCAUUGGUGGAGUAGCUCUCUCUGUUGUCAUAGCGGCCAGAAACUGAGGUGAACCAGGAGAGUCAAAGGCAGCGUGGGGAGCCUAAAACACUGAAGCACAUCUGCCAGUGCCAGCAGUCCUUCAAUAAAAGGACAUGAAAAUGUCAGGUGGUUAAUCACCUCCUUACCGUUCCUCUCUUUUCUCUACUAUGUUUGAGAACUAUAUGUGACAAUUGGUAACUGCAUAUGGGAAAAUGUAUUUCCAGCCUUGUAGAUGUAUAGGUUAAUGCAUCUUUCUUAUGUUCCCGCUGUCUGUCGUUCUUAGUAUUCCGUAUGUGGAACUAAUUGUUAAUCGAGGUUGAAGAUAUUUUUAACACAUAAAUAUUAAAUUGUUAUUCUACAGAUAUAGUUUGAAAGCAUUGAAUCGUGCUUGUUCAGUGAUAUUUAUUACCCAAGUGAUGUGAUUUCAGUGAAUGGUACAGUGUUCCCUCUCAAACAUCUGAGGUCCUCAGGAUGGUUGGCUGUGUGCUGCCCUGUUUACGCUCUAUAUAGACUCUAUGUAAAUACACUUACUGACCAAAGUAAUCAGAACACCUCUAUAAAUCAUUGCAAUACAGCAGUCCUAAAUUAACCUGUUUAUUUGUGAUGAGUCUCCUAUAAAUUGUAGAGUAAAACAUGAGGCAGAACAAACCCUAAUAACUUUCUUUGCUUUAAUUUUUAAUUCACGGUUGAUAUGUUUCUUUAUUUCUUACUAAUCCUGUUAUUAGCCAUCCAUUAUUAGGAAAGUUUAUUUAAUUUCACUAAGCUAUGCUUUAUUUUCCACUUUUGUAAUGUUGAUCAUUUUCUCUACUGGACCAUUAGAUUGCAUUUUUAAGUUAAUUUCUCAUGUUUGUUCCAAAACUAUAAAAUGUAAGAUUGUGCUAAAUGUUUGGUUUCCUCAGAAUAGAUGAGGAGAAGCUGCAUUAUGCCAACUGGGUAACUAUUCAAAAGAGCUCCUGGCAUUCCUUGCUUUUCUUAGUUUUUGUAUUCCUCACAAAUAAAUAU